CUUACCAGUGAUGCAACCUAACAAUUUUACUAAAAUUCCCUAUUUUAUCUGUUGUGUAUCUAGAAAAUGGACACUACAGGAAGUAAUUUUUAAUCGUUGAAAUUCAAUGAAAAAUUGUGCUUUUUCAUGGAAUAUGUGGAAAAUAUUUCAAAUAUUAUCAUUUCUCGUUGUAGAAAAUCUAAUAACAUAAAAUAAAGUGAAGGAAGUGAGUUCUAGAAACUUGAAAACAAUGGAUCUCAUGGUGGGCGACAGUGGUGUUUAUGCCGCCGAGAGAAUUACCAGAAAAAGGAAACGACGGGGAGGAGUUGUUGAGUACUUGGUAAAAUGGAAGGGAUGGAGCCAGAAACAUAACACCUGGGAACCAGAAGAAAAUAUUCUAGAUAAUCGUUUAAUUGAGCUCUAUGAGCAAAACCAUAAACCUGAUGGUACUCUCAAAAGAGGUCCUAAGAAAAAAGUACAUCCUACUACUACCCCUGUAGCUGAAGACACAGAAGAUGAGGCUCUAAAAAGUGGAGAAGAAAGCCAAGAUGAAGGAACUUCUGAAACGACUACCACUACAACUACUACUACUACUAGCACAAAAGGGAAAGCAAAACAUGAAACUACUGCUCGCGUGGAAGAUGAUGAUACUCGGGCCGGUUCUGAGGACACAUCUGAAACUACAGUUCCACCUGCGCCUGAAUCUGCUGAAAACGAGAAUUCGAAUAGUUCCAGCAGCGAAGACAGACGUCCCCUCCUUUCCCGAAUGGAGGUUGGAACAAAAAGGAAAGCAGAAGUGCUUUCAAAAGAAAGUGGAAAAAUUGGCGUUACUAUAACGACUAGUCCUACUAGUUCCAGUCCACCUCCAGCUAAGGCCAUGAAAGUUUCAAAACAAUCUUCGGCGGCCUCUAGGACAGUUGAACGUCAGAGUUCGAAAGGCGUCGAUGAGGAAACAUUGGCUAUACCUCCUGCUUCCUUACCUGCUGCUCUUACGGCUACAGCUCCCAGAACAAGCACAGACAAAAGACAAGUACCUGCAGAUGCAACUUUACCUCAUUCGUCUACAAAAGAGCCAGCCUCGCCUAAGCCAGUGGCAUCGCGUACUGACGAAAAAAGGCCAGAGAAAAAGGUGGAACCAAAAACAGAAAAUGGCCCACUUGAAGAAAAACCCAUCACAGUCAACGGUCACAACAACAAUAACGUUUCGAAUGACAUACCGGCCAUUGUAAGUCCCGGUUCUGAGUAUUGGCUGGCGAGGAACCCGGUGGCAGAUCAAGUGUUUAUCACUGAUGUCACGGUUAACCUUAAAACUGUGACUAUUCGGGAGUGUAAGACUGAAAAAGGAUUUUUUAAGGAUCGAGAUGAUAAAAGUCAUCCCAGUGAUAUUAUAUGAUUUGAUUUUUAUUAUUUUUUUUUAGUACUGCGGUAGGUGGGAGCAUCGUUUGCUCAAUAUAUUUCUAGAAUAGUACAACCUGUUUGUUUAUAAUUUUUUACAUUACAUCUUUAUCUUAUUUUCUCGAUUCUCUCGAUAGAUUAUGAAUUAACAUCUGUAGUUGGACUGGAGUAAUGAUAUUUAGUUCUAGUGCUUUAAAUUUUUGAAUCUUUUUGACAGUUGACGUUUGGCGUUGACAAUUAACUGACAGCUGUCAUUUAUGACGCCAUAAUAUAUAAUUUUGUAAUUGUAUGGUUGGCUAUUCUAAAAUUAAAUCUCUAUCAGUGUCUUUUUGUAACUGGUUGCACAAAGAUAAUAUAUUUUAGUAACACUAAUUAAAUUUGUAAUAUUGUAGAAAAUGUGAUUUAAAUAGGGUCGAAUUUAAGAUUUUUAAUGAUUAAUAAGCAUAGAAAUAAUUCUAAAUAAAUUUUAUAGAUCAAAAGACCACUAAUAUAUGCCUAGAAAAUAAUAUAAAGAUCUGGAAUAAAAUUGCAGACUUGUUAAUUUUUUUGUAUAGAAAUUUUUAUGCUUGCUGUAGAAAAAAUACUUAAGUUUUAUUAUUGCUGUAUUUAUUUUUUAUCUACUAUGUUUUUAUAUUUUUACAAUGAUCUUAGUAAAAUGUAUCUCUCAUUUAACGCAGUACUUUAUUUUUUAACAUAGGUACUUUCAGUUGAGUAAUGUUUGUACAGGGUAGCUCUUUUUGUUAGAGCAGGUCUAUAGUAUUUUAUUUAAACAGAUGAUUUUGCUAAUAUUCAUUUUGCUGGUGCUAAAAUUUAAAUUGAAAUUGGUACUUUUUCAUCAUUUAGUUUCAAAAAAUCGAAAGAUGUUGCACUAUUUUUUGUUUUAUAGAAAUAUUUUUAUAAUUCAAGGAAUAUGCAGCAACUUAUUUUAUAUUUUUGACAAAAUGGGUGAAUUUUUAUGAAGGUGUAUAAUAAUUUAGAUUGUACCACUUAUAAUAAUAAUGCCUCCCAUUUAAUAUAUAAAUUUUGUGCCAAUAUGUAAAUUACGCCAGUGUUUAUUUUUAUACAAAUAAAAAAAAUGGAGAAUAAUUCCACAAAAAUAUUAUACAAUUUUAUUAUUUGAAUUCUUUGUUAAUUUUUUUAAAAGAAAUUACAGAAUUUUUUUUUGAGAAGCCGCCAUUUUUAAGUUUUUGUUUUAAAAAAUAUUUUCCCUUCGUCAAUGGAAUUCGUAUAAUUUUUACGAAGUUUAUAUUUAUUGGUCACAAGUAUCAAUUUCUUUAACUUGCAGUUAUAUUUUUCUCAAUUUUAGAUUCCCAUCUUUGGGAUUUAUAGUUUGUUUCUUUAUAUAAUAUAUAUAAUUAUCUUUAUACACUGUCAUUUUUACUGUCACUUGUCAGUGUCUUUCAACAAAUUUAUUGACAGAUGACAGGUAAUGUUAUAUCGUUUAAAGCCUUAUCUGUCAUAUUUUUAACUGACAGCUGACAUUAAAAAUUUACUGACAGAUAAAACGAGAACAUUAUUUUUGUGCGAGUUUUCAUGUUUUCUUUGUUGAGGGCAAUUAAUAGAAAUCCAACCGAAUAAACAAAUUAUAUUCUAAUAGAUUUCUUUCAAAGCUUUAUAGAUUUUUAAUCAUUCCACAAUUUUAUUGUAUAUAAUGUAAAUUCGAUUUUAACAUAGAAAUACUAAAAAUUUAGUAAAUUCGUCAGUACCUUUCUUUAGCGCUAUUAUUAACUUAUUUGAUUAAUUUUAAGUAUUUAUUUUCGUCUUUUUUGUAUUGUAUUAUUUUUAAGGACAAUCCUAUUUUUAGUCAAACUUUUCAAGUCAUUCUAUUUUCCAUUAAUCAGAAGCUACCGAAAAUUAUCAAACAAUUUUUUUUGCAGUUUACUUAAUUAUGAAACUCGAUACAAGUCAAAUGUCAUUUGAUGGCGAUGACAACUAAUCGUCAAUUUAUUUUUAUACCUAUUUGUGAUUAUAAAAAUGUUGUCUUUGGUAAAUUUGGGUAGAAUCUGAUUAUAUUUUUGCUAUUUUUUUUGAGAUUGUCUUUCUAUUGUAAAUAUUGUGUAUUAUACAAGUUGAUUGACAGUUGUUUUUCUGUUGAUAUAGUAUGGUAUUUUUGAAAUAAAAUUACAAAGAA